AUGUACGUGAGGCUCGACUCGUCUCAGCUGCUGCCGCUCCUGGACUCGUGCGCCAGGUCGCUCCAGCGGCUGUCCGUGAACGUGACGGCGUUGCAGGGCGAUCUCGAGCUGUGCUGCGCGAACUGCACGGGGCCGGGACUGCAGCGCAUCAGCGGGCUGAAGCAGCUCAGGAUCCAAUUGAAUCACGACGAGAACCUGACGCAGCUGGACGUGAGCGAGAACGCCAUCGAGGUGCUGGACCUGAGCGCGCUGAGCAAGCUCCAGACGCUGCAGUGCUCCAGGAACAGCCUCCGGGAGCUCACCGUCAACGGCAGGCACCUCACCUCCCUCAUCGCCGGCAACAACCAGCUGCGGACCCUGAGUGCCUCGCCGACGCCGCUGCAGCUGGAGCACCUGGACGUGUCGUAUAACCGACUGGCCACGCUGCCCGGCUGGGUGGGCGGCUGCUCGCGCCUGCGCGCCCUCUUCGCGUCCCACAACGAGCUGACGGCCGCGCCGCAGCAGCUGCUGAGCGGCCAGCUGCCCAACCUGCACACCCUGCAGCUGUCCUACAACGAGCUGCAGCAGCUGCCCGCCGUCAGCAGCCGCCUCCCGCUCGCGCUCCACCACUUGUUCCUGCAGAGCAAUCGCCUGGCCGCGCUGCCAUGCAACCUCUUCACCGUCGCCACCAGGUUACGCGUCCUCAACGUAUCCAACAACCGCCUGGAGGAGCUGCCGGCGCCGCCGCCCAUGCACGACGCGGAGGGCGACCGGGGCAGCCCGCUGGACAAGCUGUACCUCACCGCCAACUGCCUCGGGGACGCGGCGCUGCGGUCGCUCGCCGCCUUUAGGAGGCUGCGGACGCUACACGCCGCCUACAACCACCUCUCCGUCCUGCCCGAUAGCUGCGUGGCAUCCUGGCCGGACCUGGAGGAGUUAGUGCUCUCCGGGAACACGCUGAGACACCUGCCGGAGAACAUCGUGCAGCUGCGGCACCUGCGGGUGCUCCGGGUGCACUCGAACCAGCUCAGGAACAGCCCUUGCUUCUCGCGCAUGACGUCGCUCAAGGUGCUGGACCUCUCGCACAACCAGCUGGACCGCGUGAGCCUGGCGACGCUGGCGCCGCCGCAGCUGCAGUUCCUGGACCUGUCGUGCAACUCACGGCUGCACGUCGACCCGCGCCAGUUCAGCGUGUACCGGUCGCAGCGGCAGGGCGGGCCCGGCUCCAUCAGCCUGGUGGACGUCUCGGGGCUGAACCGCAGCUCGCUGCCCACCGCGCCGCCCGCGCGCCCGCCCACCACGCCCUGGGCCGUGGGCUUCUCGGAGACGCCAGGGCUGCGGGAGAGGCUCUACAUCGCCCAGCUGCGGCUCCCGUCCUUCUGCAACUCGGAGGGCCUGUUCGGCCUGUUCGACGGCGGCGGCGAGGGCUCGCUGCCCGCCGCGCUGGUCCGCGCCGUGCCCCGCAUCCUGGUGGAGGAGCGCGCCGUCACGGAGACGGCCGCCGACUACCUCAAGUACACGCUGCUGUCGGCGCACCGCGAGCUCCGCGAGCACGGCCAGAAGCAGGGGGCGUGCGCCACCCUGGUGCACGUGUGCCCCAGGGGGUCGCGCUACGUGCUGAGGGUGGCGAGCGUCGGCGAGGCCAAGGCCGUGCUCGCGCGCACCGACGGCCCGCUCACCCUCACCCGGGAGCAGCCCACCAACGCCAGCAGGCACCCCCUAGAGAGCGCGGUGAGGUCGCAGCUCGGCUGCUCUGCGCUGUUCCCGCUCGUGCUGCCUGACCCGCACGUCGUGGAGCUGGAGCUGCGGGAGUCGGACGACUUCCUGGUGGUGGCGAACCAGCGCCUCUGGGAGGUGGUCUCCGAGAGGGAGGCCAUGCAGGAGGUGCGCGCCGCGUCGUCGCCGCUGCUCGCCGCCAAGCGCCUCCAGGACAUGGCGCAGAGCUACGGCUGCGAGGACAACAUCAGCGUGGUGGUGCUGCGCCUGGGCGCGCUCGCCCUCCCCACCCAGGUCCCUGCCGAGAUGGCCGCCGAGGACGUGAACAUCCUCCCGCCGGUGUCGGCGUCGUGCUCGUGCUGCGCGCCGUGCUGCCGCUGCCGCCACGACCGGUCCUCGCCGUCGGGCCAGAGCGACCAGGCGAGCUGCGAGUCGAGGGCCCCGGCCCUGGCCCUGCACGCCGCCCCACAGCCCGCGCCCCGCCGCCCCAUGCUCAACGGCGUCCUCGGCGGCGUCAACGGCGUCCUCAACGGCAGCUCGGCGGGCACGAUGUACAAGGCGACCCGGUGCCGCGUGGACAACGUGUACCGGGGCGGCGGCUCGGGCGGCUCGGGCUGCUCCGACUCUGGCGGCGACACGAGCUGCGGCUCGGGGACGGGCUCCGACCGCUCGCACCUCAGCGAGGAGCAGUUCCGCUGCUGGGAGUACAUGCUGGAGCAGAACACGCAGCUGCUGUUCGACAAGGAGCUGGACACGCUGUCGCGCGCCUUCACGCGCCGCCCCGUGCCGCGCGGCCACGCGCUGAGCCAGGCGCUGGGCAUGGGCCGGGCGCUGUCGUCGUCCUCGCCGCACCUCGCGCACGCCGGCGGUGCGGGCCCCGGGGUGGGUCCGGGAGGGCCGGGCGCCCCCGUGGCGCCGCACCCCGCCGCCGUCCCGACACCCACGCCGCCCUUCCUGUCCAGGCACUUCGGCUCGGCCAGGUCGCUGUCGUGCACCCCGACAGCGCGCCGCCUCGGCCUGGGCGUCGGCGGGCUGGGCGGCCUGCACGCGGGCGUCGGCGGCCUCGGCUCGUCCAGGCAGCUGCUGCACACGGGGCCCAACGCCGCCUACUUCGGCUCGCUGCAGCGCCUCAUGCCCUACAACCUCGAGUACGACUUCGACGUGAUCCACGAGCGGGCCGAGAACGGCCACAGCAUGAGCGGCUCCCUCAUCGACCAGCGGGCGGACCAGGACUCCCUCGAGCAGGACGGCAGGAUGCGCAAGUACUGGGACGUGGCGACCACGGAGCUGUGACACUUGCAUCGCGAGCUCACGUGAUGAUUGCGAUUAGAAUGCGGUCGCGGUUGUCGCUAGGUGAACUCAUCCUGUGUCACCUGACUUUCCGAGUUGUGAUUUACAAAGUUAUCCCAUAUAUGUAACUUUUAAGAAUGCCUGUAAGUCCCUAAUUGUAUAUUUAUGUGUACGAGCCGGAGUCAUGCCCGGUGAGAAAUGUUAUGUCGAAGCGAUAUGGAAACGAUGUCGACACGAUCGAAGUGAUAUAGACACGAUGUCGUGUCGACAUCGUUUUGACGGUCGUUUUCCCACUGGCGAGAUGUAAAUAAGUUUAAAAUGUAAACUGAAUGUAAAAAUUACAAACGUUUUGUGAGCUGUUGACGUAAGAAAGUUCUUGUUACUGCGUGUUACACUACACUAAGCAUAACGCCCCUGUUUGUAGCUACACAGCUUUAGCGAACUUGCAAUUUGCAACAAGAUUUAUGGUCAGUCAUGAGGA